UUAUGACAAUGAAGAGCCUCAGCCAGCAGUGUCGGAUGAUGUUGCUUGUCAUAUUCAUAAGCAUCCUCCUUGCUGGUUUUGUGCCAUUCAGCUUUGCUUCUCCUGUCAUUCGACGAUUUCAGUUUAAUGUGGAGUGGAAGAAGGUGACAAGAUUGUGCCAUACAAAGCAACUUCUAACUGUGAAUGGACAGUAUCCAGGGCCAACCAUUGCAGUUCAUGAAGGUGAUACAGUCGAAAUCAAGGUCAAUAAUUGCAUAAAUGAAAACACAACUAUUCAUUGGCAUGGGGUCAAGCAAUUAAGAACAGGAUGGGCAGAUGGUCCGGCUUACAUAACACAGUGUCCUAUAAGAUCAGGAGAAUCAUACACAUACAAAUUCUCAGUGAUUGACCAAAGAGGGACACUGUGGUGGCACGCACAUUACUCAUGGCAACGUGCUUCUGUGCAUGGUGCCUUCAUCAUUUACCCUCGCAUGCCUUACCCAUUCUCCACUUUUCCAAUUGAAGCUGGGAUUCCUCUUAUUUUUGGUGAAUGGUGGAAUGGGGAUGUGGAAGAAGUUGAAAAUGAGAUGCUAAAAUCUGGAGGUGGACCUAACAAUUCUGAUGCCUAUACCAUUAAUGGCUUGCCGGGACCUCUUUAUCCUUGCUCUAGCAGAGAUACAUUCAUUUCAACAGUAGAAAGGGGGAAAACUUACCUGCUGAGAGUAAUUAAUGGAGCACUCAACGAUGAACUUUUCUUUGCCAUAGCCAACCAUACAUUGACAGUGGUGGAGAUUGAUGCUGCAUACACAAAACCCUUCAAUACCACAGCCAUUAUGAUAGCUCCCGGCCAAACCACCACUCUUCUACUCAAUACAGAUCAAAUUCAAAUUCCAGACCACUCCUCUGGAAUCCUCUUCCCAAUGGCAAUCACACCCUAUGUAACUUCAAGUUUCCCCUUCAACAACUCCACCUCCAUUGGCUUCUUAAGAUACAAGAGCAGGAAAAUGAAUAAACUUAAACGAAAAACAAAAUUCCCAUCUAAUCAAAUACCUGAAAACCUCCCCGAUAUGAAGGAUACAGCCUUUGCCACUGCAUUUUCCAACAAACUCCGUAGCCUUAAUUCUCCCCUGUACCCUUGUAAUGUUCCUAAAACAGUUCACAAAAGAGUGUUCGUUACCAUAAGCCUCAAUCUCCAGAACUGCCCAUCUAGGAAAUCCUGCAAGGGUUUGAACGGAAAGAGAUUUUUCGCUUCUAUGAACAAUCAAUCCUUCAUUCGACCGGAUUCGUCCAUAUUGGAAUCCCAUUAUAGAAAAAUCGCUACCAAUUCGUACUCCACUGAUUUUCCAGAAAAACCCAUCACGGUUUUUGAUUAUACUGGCGUAAACCCAUUAACCAAAAACAUGAACACAGAAUUUGGGACAAAGCUUUUGGCGGUUCCAUAUGGAACAAAUCUGGAAAUCGUGUUUCAGGGCACGAAUUUUCUUAGUGUGGAGAAUCAUCCGAUCCAUGUUCAUGGGCACAAUUUCUUCGUUGUAGGCAGGGGAUUUGGGAAUUUCAACGCGGGUAGGGAUCCGGCGAAGUACAAUCUGGUUGAUCCACCGGAAAGAAACACGGUGGCGGUGCCGAGGGGAGGGUGGGCAGCGAUCAGAAUUAAGGCGGAUAAUCCUGGAGUUUGGUUUAUACAUUGUCAUCUUGAAGAACAUACUUCAUGGGGACUUGCAAUGGGUCUCAUAGUACGAAAUGGAGCAGGGGAUUCUAAAUCUCUGCUUCCUCCUCCGGAUGAUCUUCCUCUCUGCUGA